UGUUCAUUGUGUACAUCACGAGUUCAUCGUGUACCGAGUCCUCUAUGACGUGAACCCGGCGGCAAAAGUUGACUAGCAUUCAUCGACUGCGCCUGUUGCCUCUCGUACAGUCGUACUACACACAACCGAGUCAAAGGCAAAACCAGUUUAAAUUUAGAUCCCAUCCUGCUUUUGCUCUUUUAACUCAGUUCGCACCGAGUUUGAAUCAAGUGCCAACAUUUACAAUAAGGAAAAAUGGGUUGCGCUACCGGAAUGGUCAAAUACCUGGUGUUUCUGGCGAAUCUCGUUUUCGCGCUUGCUGGUCUUGCACUCAUAAUCAUCGGAGUAGUUUUCAAAUUCAACUAUUUGAAUAAAGUAUCCACCGAUGGUGUACCGACAGAGUUUGGUAUAGCACCAGUUUUGACAAUUAUUGUAGGAGCCGUUGUAUUCAUCACAGCCUUCUUCGGAUGCUGCGGAGCUAUAAAGGAGAGCACAUGCAUGCUUACGACGUAUGCUGUCAUUCUAUUGUCGAUCUUCAUCGUUCAAGUAGCCAUUGGUGUGUUCACUUUCCUUCAAGUAAAGGAUAGCAAUGACUACAAAAAUGAAUUGAGGAAAGGAUUAGAUAAAGCUUUCGCCCGGUAUGACCAGAACAACAAAGAAGCCAUGGAAGCAGUGGAUGCCACUCAACAUUUCUUGGAAUGCUGUGGUAUCGAUGGACCUCAAUACUGGCAUUUCUCAAAUGGAAGUGUACCUUUGAGUUGUUGUUCUGGCAAACCAGAAAACUGUUAUUCCGCUAGUCCAUCAAUCUACCACGAAGGAUGUGUCAACAAACUAUUCAAUUUCUUAGAGAAGACUGCAAAAAUUUUGGCAUAUGUCAUUAUCGGAAUUGCUGCUACAGAGAUUUUGGGUGCUCUCUUCGGUCUCUGCCUAGCUAGCUCCAUCAGGAACCAUUAUCGACGAAACAUCUACGCCUGAGUAGACGCGCCAAAAGUGUAAAUGUAUAAAUCAUAUAUUUUGAGUUGUAUCAUAAGAUUUAUCAGAAAAAAAUUCUGGGUUUAAAAUAGUUCGAGAUCGAGUUGAACUCAUAUGAUUUGUUGUGUUAAUAAUAAUGAAUAAGUAUUUGAUUACAAUUAUGAAAUUUUAGUUUUCUGUUGAAACCUAAUUUAUAAGGAACUAUAUUUAUUUGAGUACCUUACUAAUUAAUGAUAUCAUCACAUUUAUAUGAAUGUUAGAGUUUUAUAUUUUUGGAUAUUCUUGUUAUACGUAUUCACAUGAACUUGUAUAGUAUGAAUCUUUUUCAAAUAUAGAUUUAAAUGUGA